GGAACAGUGUCAGUGUUGAGCUCUUCUCAUCACGUCUCAGGAAGAGGGAACAAUGAACCUGUUGAUUUUACUUUGUGUUCUUUGUGUGACCUUUACAGGUUUGAGUGAAGGCGCAGGGGUGUUGGUGGACGAUCUGCUGAAUGCACCUGUAGGAGGGAAGGCGCUAUUCACCACAAAGCUGACGACACAAGAACCACCUGUGACUUUCAGCGUUGUGAUCUGGAACUUUGAAAAUACUAACAUAGUAACCUCGAUACCAGGUGUGAAUAGAACUGAUCCAGGCUAUGUUGGCAGGGUCACCCUCUUCAUGUCUACUGGAUCCCUGGAGCUCAGGAAUUUGACUCUUAAUGACAGUGGAGGUUACAGUGUUAACAUUAUAACAUCUGACGGUGGAACUCAAACAGGAAGCACCCAACUGAUGAUAUAUGAGCCAGUCUCCAAUGUGAUGAUAACAACCAGCAGCCCAGACUUGGUAGAGUUCAUCAGCUCCGUCCAUCUGUCCUGCUCCUCCUCUGGAUCCUCGCUCUCCUUCCUCUGGCUGAACGGCAGCUCGGAGGUCACAGCCAGCGACAGAGUUCAGCUCACUGGUGGGGGCUCCAAUCUCACUAUCUUCAAUGUGACCCGUUACAACCAGGGACUGUUCAGGUGUCUUGUGGUAAAUCCUGUCAGUAACGGCACCAGUGAUCCAGUGUUCCUCUCCGUCAGCUGUGAGUGAAUAACCUGCACCUCACUACGAGUCAGGGUGUGGGCCCUACGCCUUUUCAUUUUAAAUCUGUCUCCAUCUGAACAUUAUUAUGAGGACGGCCAAAAGUACCAAAAUUAAAAAUGAAAAAGUGAUUUUAAUAGUCUAUACAGAAACAAAACAACCGAAAAUUGUUCUCUUCAGGAUUUAUUUCAACUGACUGAAAAAUGAUAACAACAAUAUACAUAUAAUGCAUAAUUUUACAAAUUUGGAACCCCAGAUGCUGAGGUUCAAAUAGUAUUGGACUAUUGCACCUGAACUUCUAGGGACAACAAAUAAUCAACACAACAGAAUAAACAAGUGCCUCUUGUUUCUACCUAAGAACACUAAUAGUCUACAGUAUAACCACUAAAUAAUUCUGUAAAUAUCAAUAAACAUGGACCUUUCAACAGUAGCAGGAAUGAUACACAAUGCCCCUUAUGAUAACUCAGCAAAGGGAAACAAGUUUUAGGCACACAAAAUAAGUUUCUGUAUGGUUAAUCAAACACGCCGCUGGACCUGCAGAUCUCCUGAUGCAGCGGACACGCGAGUGAGCGAGAGAGAGGUGCCCCGUGCGUAGAGGCGCACCUCCGCUGCUCAAGUAACGAGCCAGUUUUGAGAAUAAACGAAGUAGAAAGUACAGAAAUAUGUUCUCAAAUGUAGCGAGUAAAAGUAAAAAUCAGUCAUCAGGAAAAUCAGUACUCAUGUAAAGUACAGAUAUGUGAAAAAUCUACUUAAUUACAGUAACGAAGUAUUUCUACUUCGCUACUUCCCACCACUGGUAAGCGGAGGACACAGAGUAAUGUCUCUCUUUUCCUGAUCCAGACUCAUCCACUACCAUCAGUGGGUCUAUUUCCACAAUGGUUUGCACUGUCCUGAGCUUGGCGGGACUCAUGUUGAUCUAAAGACUGCAUUUUGCCUGUGAAAUAGACUACAGUUAUAUCUGUAGAACAUUACUGCCCUGCCCCACCGAGUUUCUAAUGUGGAUGAAAUGUAAAAUAAUAAAUGACUAAUCAAUAAUAUUUUGUGUUUGUAUUAUUUCCAGUUCUUUGGUUUUACUAAACUGUGGCAGUCCUUAUUAGUUUAAUUGUAUUUAUUGAGUCACAGCCUGGUUUCAAUGUAUUUUUAUUCUAUAAUCAAACAAAUAAAUGAUAUCUUAUUGCUUUA